CCCCCCCCCCCUGCUGGCCGCCUCUGCCUUCGCGCUCAGCCUCGGCUACCUGUUCCAGCUGGGCUACCGGCGGCACCUCGGCUCCGAGCACCGGAACUACCCACCUUUUAUUUCAUCAAGCAUCCCUUUUCUUGGUCAUGCAAUUGCAUUUGGAAAAAGUCCCAUUGAAUUUUUGGAAAAUGCUUAUGACAAGUAUGGACCUGUGUUCAGUUUCACUAUGGUUGGCAAGACAUUCACAUACUUACUGGGUAGUGAUGCUGCUGCUCUACUGUUCAAUAGUAAAAAUGAAGAUCUGAAUGCAGAGGACGUGUACUCUCGGUUAACUACGCCGGUCUUUGGCAGGGGAGUUGCCUAUGACGUCCCUAAUGCGAUAUUUUUGGAACAGAAGAAAAUGCUCAAAACUGGGCUAAACAUUGCCCAGUUUAGACAGCAUGUAUCUGUGAUUGAAGAAGAAACAAAGGAGUAUUUCAAAGCAUGGGGAGAACAAGGAGAGAAAAACCUGUUUGAAGCCCUUUCAGAACUGAUCAUUUUGACAGCAAGUCAUUGCUUACACGGGAAGGAAAUCCGAGGCUUGCUGGAUGAGAAGGUGGCUCAGCUGUACGCCGACCUGGACGGGGGUUUCACUCACGCUGCCUGGCUGCUGCCAGGCUGGCUGCCUCUGCCGAGCUUCAGGCGACGAGAUCGAGCACACAGAGAAAUAAAGAAUAUUUUCUACAAGGUUAUUCAGAAACGUCGAAAGUCUGAGGAAAAGGGGGAUGAUAUGCUCCAAACUCUACUUGAUGCUUCAUACAAGGACGGGCGUGCGCUGACGGACGAUGAAAUAGCGGGGAUGCUGAUCGGGCUGCUGCUGGCAGGGCAGCACACCUCCUCCACCACCAGCGCCUGGCUCGGCUUCUUCCUCGCCAGGGACAAAGCCUUACAGGAUCAGUGCUAUGCAGAGCAGAGAGCAGUGUGUGGGGAUGACCUGCCACCCUUAUCUUACGACCAGCUCAAGGAUCUCAAUUUGCUGGAUCGCUGUCUAAAAGAAACUUUAAGGCUCAGACCUCCUAUAAUGACCAUGAUGAGAAUGGCAAGAACUCCUCAGACUAUUGCUGGAUACAAUAUUCCCCCUGGCCAUCAAGUGUGUGUAUCUCCCACUGUUAACCACAGACUCAGAGACUCCUGGAAUGACGCUCUGGACUUCAAGCCUGACAGAUACCUCCAAGAUAACCCAGCAGCUGGAGAGAAGUUUGCAUACAUUCCAUUUGGUGCUGGCCGUCAUCGCUGCAUUGGAGAAAACUUUGCUUACGUUCAAAUUAAGACUAUUUGGUCUACUUUGCUUCGUUUGUAUGAAUUUGAUCUCAUCAAUGACUAUUUCCCAACUAUAAAUUACACAACAAUGAUACAUACACCUAACAACCCUGUUAUCAGAUACAAGAGGCGGUCACUGUAAACACUGGUGCUAAAACCUUACUUUUUAAAGCUGUGUGAACUAACAGACUUUUGAAUGAAAUUGUGGCAGGAUAAGUGGCAGAUGGAAGUUACUGUUAGGAAAG